UACGUCGUUUUAUGAAAACAAAGCAGAAGUCCUUCCAACUCAACAUAUUCUCCCUGCCGCCGCUCGUUCUCUCCUUCUUUGGUUCUACCCAUUCACAGUCUUAUUGCUUUUUCUACCCCUUCCUGUCGCUUCCUUGCGUGGCCGUCGCCUCCGCAGCAGUACUGCUCUUCAACCGUAGUACCAGUGCGAGGCUAGCUUUGUACUACAACAGUUGAAUAACAUGGAAGGCGAUACAGAAGAGAGACAGGUUCAAGCACGAUUCGUUACAAAACUGAAGGCCCCAUACAAAGCCCCAGCCACUGCAAUUACUAUCCCAGCAAAUCUCACUCGUCUUGGUCUCUCCACCAUUGUCAAUAGCCUCCUCAAAGCUGGUAAUCCUGAAUGGGAGAAUCAGCCAUUCGAUUUUCUUAUUGAUGGAGAGCUUGUUCGCAUGUCACUUGAGCAGUUUCUUCUCGCUAAGGGAAUUUCGGCGGAGAAGACACUGGAAAUUGAAUACAUAAAAUCAGUGGCUCCUCGGAAACAGGAGGAGCCUUCUUUACAUAAUGAUUGGGUUAGUGCAGUUGAUGGAUCUUGUCCUCGUUUUGUUUCCAUAAUCUUCAGGGUAUGGAGAGGUGCUGGACAGUGCACGCAUAUGCUAGAGGGACACAGUGAUGCAAUUACUUCGGUUGGUAUCAUAAAUCAUGGAGAUACAGAUACUGUUACAGUGGCCACUGCCUCAAAAGAUCAAACUCUCAGGCUGUGGAAGUUUGACACAGAAGAGCAUAAAAAUCAAUUACAACGUAGAGCCUUCAAAUUUUUGCUGUGACAUGAAUGCAUCUGUACAGAUGUUGCAGCAGAGACUUCUGGAAGCAUGAUUUCUCGGGUUCUGGAUUGUACAAUCAAUUUGUUGGCGGACAAAAUGAGUCUGAUACAGUCUGAUACAGAAGGCAAUUUGGUGUCAAUUAAAAAGAGAAAAGUGAAAAAUGAAGCCGAGGAAUCUCAGUUAGAGGGGGAGUCUUUCUCUACACUUGUGGGCCACACACAAUGUGUAUCUGCUGUUAUUUGGCCAGAACGUGAAACAAUCUAUUCUGCAUCGUGGGAUCAUUCUAUUAGACGUUGGGAUGUGGAGACAGGCAAAGAUUUAUCGAAGAUAUUCUGUGGAAAAGCCCUCAACUGUGUACACAUUGGAGGAGAAGGUUCAGCUCUCAUUGCUGCCGGAGGCUCUGAUGCUAUCCUUAGGAUAUGGGAUCCACGAAAACCAGGAUCUUCUGCUCCUAUUUAUCAGUUCUCUUCUCACACUUCUUGGAUUUCGGCCUGCAAGUGGCAUGAUAAAUCUUGGUUUCAUUUACUUACCUCAUCCUAUGAUGGGAAAGUUAUGUUGUGGGAUCUAAGAACUGCGUGGCCUCUAGCUGUUAUUGAAUCACAUGAAGACAAGGUGCUAUGUGCUGACUGGUGGAAAAGUGAUAGUCUAAUCAGUGGUGGGGUUGACUGUAAGCUUUGCAUUUCUUCUGACAUUUCUAUCCUGUAAGGGAAGAAUUAUGAAGGUGUAAAGUAAUAUCUGGAGAACGUGAGAUGAAGUUGCAAGGACCAUUUUUUGCCAUCCCCCUUGUUUUCUUUAUGAAUGAGGAAAUCUAAUUCUUUAUCAAGGAACCGAAGGUUUAAUCUCUAUCGGGCACGUGGAUGGUGGCAACUCUGAUUUGGUACAAGUUGUAUUUUGUUGUGGUAACUGCAGAGCAGCUCAAGGUCAAGAGGAUAAAUUUUUUAUACAAGUGCGUAUAUUGAGAGAUUUUGAUAAUAUCAAGUUUUAGUUUUAACUUAGUUGAACUAAUUUGGGCAUCAUCUUUUAUGAAAAAUCAUUCCCCAAGACUUUUCAUAAAUGGAAAAUGAGACGCUACAAUUUGUUUGCUCGAGUUUUUUUUUAUUUGUUGUUGAAGAUGGAUUUUUGUUGUUCCAUUAUAUUCAAAUAUCUUUGUCCA